AUGGGGAACUGGAUUAUCAAUCACGGAUUAACCGCCUUCAUACUGUUCUUAUGGAUGGGAAUCAACAUAUUCCUGUUUGUUUAUUUCUACUUUUUCUAUGAUUUGCCCGAUCGGUUUUUCUACACACGACACCUCUUGUCGUCAGCACUCGCCUGGGCCAGAGCUCCUGCUGCUGUUCUCAAUUUCAACUGUAUGCUCAUUUUGCUGCCAGUAUGCCGGAAUCUUCUAUCUCUCAUACGCGGCUCCUUUAUGUGCUGUGGAAGAACUAUGAGGAAACAGCUGGACAAAAAUUUGAGCUUUCACAAGCUGGUUGCCUACAUGAUUGGCUUGAUGACAGCUGUACACACUGUGGCCCAUUUGCUGAAUGUUGAGUGGUACAACAACAGCAUACGCGGUGAAUACGAUAGACUGAGCACUGCGCUCUCAAUGCUUGAAGAUGACCCCGAUGAUAACACCACAUACUUGAACCCUAUUCGUUCCAAUUCUACCACUCCCACCUAUUUCGUGUUCACCACUAUUGCUGGCCUCACUGGCGUUGUCAUUACUCUUGCUCUCAUACUCAUCAUCACUUCAUCCAUGGAGGUGAUUCGACGCAGCUACUUUGAGGUCUUCUGGUACACUCAUCACCUCUUUGUGAUUUUCUUUGCUGGGCUAGUCUUCCAUGGAGCUGGGCGCAUUGUGAGAAGUCAGACUGCGUCGAGCCUGGAAGAACACAAUAUCACUCUCUGCAAAGACCAACCUGAGAACUGGGGAAAGAUUCCAGAGUGUCCAAUUCCUCAGUUUGCAGGAGGGUUUCCACAGACCUGGAUGUGGGUGAUCGGUCCUAUGGUAAUCUAUUUAUUUGAGCGACUGCUGCGUUUCAUCCGCUACAUGCAGAAGGUCACAUAUCGCAAGAUUGUGAUGCACCCAUCCAAAGUGCUGGAACUGCAGUUGGUAAAAGCUGGGUUUAAGAUGGAGGUGGGACAGUAUGUCUUUUUGAACUGCCCAUCCAUUUCCCAGCUGGAAUGGCACCCUUUCACAAUGACAUCAGCUCCUGAGGAGGACUUCUUUAGUGUGCAUAUCCGUUCUGCAGGCGACUGGACAGAUAAACUCAUUGAGAUGGUGCAAAACCUCCCUGAGGGAGGCCAGGGACCCAAGAUGGGAGUGGAUGGGCCAUUUGGAACUGCUAGUGAAGAUGUAUUUGACUAUGAGGUUAGCAUGCUUGUGGGUGCUGGAAUUGGAGUGACCCCUUUCGCUUCCAUCUUGAAGUCCAUUUGGUACAAGUUCAAGGAUUCUAACCCCAAACUGCGCACCAGAAAGAUAUAUUUUUAUUGGCUGUGUCGCGAGACACAUGCCUUUGAGUGGUUUGCAGAUCUUCUACAGGUUCAGGAGAAAGAAAUGGAGGAGAGAGGCAUGGGAGACUUUCUUACAUAUAAACUCUACCUUACCGGUUGGGAUCAGAGUCAUGCAGCUCAUGCGAUGGUUCAUUUCGAUAAGGACACCGAUAUAAUCACCGGCCUCAAACAGAAGACUCAUUACGGAAGGCCUAACUGGGACAAGGAAUUUGAACAAGUCCGCAAAGAGAACCCCUCUUCGGUGGUUGGCACGUUCCUCUGUGGGCCAGCGGCUUUGGCGAAGGUCUUGGAGAAAAAAUGUGUUAAGUAUUCAGAUGUGGAUCCUCGGAGGACCAAGUUUUACUUCAACAAGGAGAAUUUCUAA